AUGGAGAAUAUUAGUCCUGCGCUCUACGAAAGCGACGUAUCAUCUCUGCGACAGUCUCAUUUGGACGAAGACUUGGAAAACCCACUGCUUUCUAACGUCCUACACGCAUACAUCAACACCACCCAACAUAGUGAUGAAGAUGAUGAAGACAAUCAACAACAACAACAACACUAUGUAGCAGCUGUCGUGGCUAAGGCGGCCGCUGAAUACCCACAACAGACCCAAUGGGACAAUGACGACCAUGAUGAUCCACAACCACAGUCCCAAUCGGGUAUAAUUAAGUUGGUCCAAUACGAUCCAGACAAAAAGACUAAACGGUUAGGACGACCAAGAAAGAACAUCAAACAUAAUUUAAGUGCGCCUGAGAAUUCUUCGUCUGAUAACUUCAAUGAGGCGCGUUAUGCCAAGUUCCGGUUUGAUAACAAGCCGAUUUUAGGUCCUGGUUCUCGUGGGGGUAAAACAGGUACCAAACGAUCGACCGCUAAGGGGAAACUAACUAUCAAUAAAGUCCGGGAACGACAACUGCAAACGACUCUUUCCUUUGAUAAUAAAAUUGGUCUUGUAUUGAGCCCUCCUAACGACGAUGCAAUGGAUCCCAAUCUUAUAGAUCACAUUGAUAAUAGCGCCCGUGUGGCUGAUGCUGCUACUACUACUGCUGCCACUGUGACUGCUCAUAAACAGGUCACGUCUACGGUGACACCCAUUUAUAAAAGAUCAAUGGUCGCUGGUGCAAGCAGAACAUCGUUUAUACGGUCACGAAGGAAUGCUAAAACAAACUCCACACUUCUUUCACCAUUACACUAUGAACUUUAUGACGAUCGUUUGAUAGAGUCGUCAACGUAUGCUACCAACGAAAGUAAGCUUCCCCUAGCCUUCGGGUUCCCCUUGUUUCCUUCGCCCUAUGCCAAAGACAUUUUAUAUCUACAAAUGUUUCUAACCAAGUUUAAAGACAUUAUCCACGUGGGGUACUUGGGUCCUCAAGACUUUGAAGAUGGCUUGGGUCUUGCCAACGUUAAACCCCAACAUGUACCUGAAUCUGAACCAUCGAUAAACGUUUGCAUACGACCUCCUAGUGAAGAUCUGUCUGAAGAACUGGCCUUUAAUGAUACUGCUGUGAAGAAAAUGGAGCUCUUGCUUUUUAAACUCUUGUCAUUGAUACUCAAUAGAAAGAAAGAAGUAACAUCUCUUCUGAGAGCAUCGGCUGAAUUGAAAUCAAGAUUCGACUCAAUUGCUGGUCUACCGUUUAAUCCUUUCCUUCUUCCACAGUUCGAUACCCUUGGCUUAACUGCAAUCCCUAAUCAACAAGAUAGGUUGGUCUUUUUAAGGAUACUUGCUCAAUGGUCAUUGACUUCUUCAGAGUUGAUCAGAACAUACAUUGCUGAUUCCUACGAAGGAUAUGGUGAUAGCGAGUAUGUUUCUCGGUACGUUCAAUCAUUUGGAUUGUUAUCACCACACGAUUCCAACUAUUCAAGUGCGCAUAUCACCAAGGAGAUUUAUCAAGACCAAAGUUCAUUACGAAUUUUGGAUUUCUUUGCUGGUGAUUGUGGGUUACAUGUGGGUAGGUUUUUCCUAAGUAGAAUGGCAGAUGCCAAAGCUGGUGGACUAUCAUCAAUUAGAAAUAUGGAAUCGGCUAUUCAUAGAAAGGGUAUAGACAUUGGUGAGUCCUCGUCAUUCAAACUCUAUGUUCAAGAUGUGCAUAAAAUGUUAACUGAGAGUUUGACUUCCUUUGGAGUGGAAUUUGAUGAACAUGGUAACGAAAUAGUUGACGAUAAAACUGUACAAACCGUUAAUGAUAAUUAUUGGUAUGAGGUUGCUUCUAAUACAAAGGAGUUGACUGUGUUUCUUGAGUUUCUUUCAAAGCAAUUAAGAUUCCCAGAUCAUCCUAUUCCAAUUCGUUCUAGUAGUAAGUUUUACGAUAGCGGAACAAAUUUAUGGUCCUAUUUGUCUGCGAUGCUUCCAUUGCUUCUGUGUCAUGAAGAGCUUCAAGGUAAUAACCUUAACAGACGAAAAAGGAAGGAUGUCAAUUAUAACGAACUCUCAAGCGUACGAAAGACAUACGAUAGUGGAGAAUCAGACUUUGAAAUGGACCUUCGUAUGGCAGACAAUGGUGGUUCAGAUUAUUCAGGUGGUGAAGAAGACGAAGACGAAGAUGACGACAAUUGA